AGUUCCUUUCGGACUGUUGGAAAAGGCGGACGUUCUCAAAAGAAAAACAUUCUCUCUCACUGGACAACUUCUUGUGUCUAAUCCAUUGGAAGUUAAUAAAUCAUUUGAGCUUGAUGGAUGUCCUAUUUGCUUCUCAAUUUAAUGAACAGAAACUCAUCCACAAGUGAUCCCCUAAGGGUAAUAUGUCAGUGACUCUUCUUGUGUGACAAAGUGAAUUAUUUUUUUUGUAUAGUUGGUAUUGAAUUAAUAAUCCGAGAAAAAAAAAGAAUUAUCAAUCAAUCUUGAGCAACAGAUAUAUUUAUGUCUAAUAAAAUUUUAAUAUUAUUGAUGAGCUUUUGGAGGAACAGUGAAAGGUGAAGUGUUUGUGAUGGUUCCUGAUUUAAUUUUUCAUGUAACAAUCUUUCAACGAGAAGUGAAAAGGAGGAUAGUUUUCCUUUUCAACGUGAAGAAUUAUCGAGAUAAAAAACAUAGACACUCAACUUAAAUUGCUUUCUUAUGUGAUCGGAAGGAAGAAAGUUCCAAUGAUGGGCUGCAUUGCAAAACCCAUAAAAUCCAUCAAAUUGGAUACAAUAUAUUUAGCGAAAAUAUAAGAUUUCAAAAUGCAUGCACAAAUGUGAGAGGAAGAGUGAACAUGGAAAUGCAAUCUAAUAUAACAUCAACGGAUGCCACCACGGUGGAUAAUAUUACUGUGACUGUGAUAUUUUACACACCAACUGUCAAUGAGAGUGUGCAGAUAAAUGAAACGUCGUUAGUGGCAAUGCAGACACCAUCCUGGCUAUCUGCUGGUCGGAUACAAAUACCACUAUAUGCGAUAAUUUUUCUUCUUGCCGUGAUUGGAAAUUCACUCGUUAUCCUAACUCUUGUGCAAAAUAAGCGUAUGAGGACAAUUACCAAUGUUUUCCUCCUCAACUUGGCCGUAUCGGACCUCCUACUUGGUGUACUCUGCAUGCCAUUCACGCUGGUUGGCACUUUGCUGCGUAAUUUCGUCUUUGGUGAACUCAUGUGUAAAUUCCUGCCAUUCCUGCAAGCUGCUUCAGUGGCCGUUUCCGCUUGGACCUUAGUCGUGAUAUCUGUUGAAAGGUAUUACGCUAUUUGUCAUCCCUUGCGAUCGAGACGUUGGCAAACUCUCAGUCAUUCGUAUAAACUGAUUGCCGCCAUUUGGUGUGGAGGUCUCGUGUUUAUGUCACCUAUUGCAUUCUUCAGUCGUCUUAUACCCAUAAGUCAAGGUCAUCACAAAUGUCGGGAGCACUGGCCAGACGAUGCAAAGGACUACGAAAGAAUGUAUAAUUUAUUCCUAGAUGUAUUUCUAUUUGUGCUUCCAUUAUUCGUGCUUGGCAUUACGUAUUCCCUAAUUACCCGAACACUAUGGCGGGGAAUGCGAACCGAGAAGAACCUCAAAAAUAAUCAAAAUUCGGAAAACCAAUCCACAAAUAACCUUGUGGAAGUGUACAUAGAUUCACAAGGCACUCCAGCAAGUAGAUGUCCAUCGAAUUGUCGCUACCAGUCAAGCAGAGAUAGCGUAUCAUGGACACAAUUGCGAAAUCACUGGAGUCAAGAAUCCACUCGUUCUCGUGCUGCCAUUGGGUCUGUGAGAAAAUAUGCCCCAGGAUUGCGAAGGUCAAAUGCAGAGAAGAGCUUACUUAACAAGAAACGUGUGAUUCAGAUGCUAUUCGUGGUUGUAUUGGAAUUUUUUAUAUGCUGGACCCCACUAUAUGUAAUCAAUACGAUGGUGCUAUUUGAACCGGGUAUUGUCUACACCAACCUCACGUCUACAGAGAUUAGCUUCUUUCAUCUACUGGCUUAUACGUCCAGUUGCUGCAAUCCAAUCACCUAUUGUUUCAUGAACCGUGGCUUCCGAAAAGCCUUCCUCAAUCUCUUCCGCUGCUUCAAAAGGCUACGUGAACCACGCAGAAUCAGCCUCGGCGGUGGAAUUGGCCUAGGCGGUGGGGGUUUAGGUGGUGGCGAUCAACGCAGCGAAGCAGAAACAACGAAGCUCCAUAACAAUCAUCGUCUGUGUACAGAUAGCUCCUACUGAAACUAAAUAUCCUUUCAAUGUUCUUCAUUAUGCUGUAAAAAAGUACGUACACUUUUAAAUUGACUAUCAUUAAAUUUGUUAUUGAUAAGAUUUCAUUUUGGUUAAUUCGGUGAUUUUUAAAAUGAGCUUCCACUUUGGAGAUUUUGGUCCUACUUAUAUAUAUUUCUCUUAUUACCUAUAAUAAUAUUAACUUUAAUAAAACAAAGAUAAAGUAAUUUAAAAAAAAAUUCAACAUUGUAUAAAUAUAAACAAAAAUGGAACAUUCUUCUACAAAAUAGAAUUUUCUCCAGAUCAA